GUACGACUACAGGAAUAAACAAGCGAUAAACAUAAAUUAUUAUAUUUAUUUAAUAAUAAUGGAUAUCAUAUGUAGAUUAUGUUGUUCCACAAAAUUUGUAAAUAAUGAUAUUUUUGACGAACAGAACGCUUUAUACUUGAAAAUGUCGUUAUAUUUGCCGAUUAAGGUGUUAAAAAAUGAUCGACUGCCUCAGAAGAUAUGUGAUAAGUGCAGUUGUAAAGUGAAUGAUAUUUACCAAUUCUGUAACGAAACUAUUGAAGUUCAGAAUCGGUUACAUGCAAUGUUACCACAGCUGCUGCCACCCAACACACAUAGCGAGAACUCAAUUGACCUCACUUUAAUAAAACACAACAGCGGCUCACCCCCUCCGCCCGCAUACUGUGAACAGAGUACACAGACUGAUGACAAGGAUAAUACAGACACAAAUGCAGCUCCUGCAGUCGAUCACACUGAGGGUAUAGUCAAGGUGAAAGAUGAACCAAAACCUCCCUCUCCAUCGCCUGUUAAAAUAGAAGAUUUCAGUACAGAAUCAGACAAUUAUAAUGAUAUUUCCAAUGAAGUGCCUGAUGUAGCAUCCGAUAAUAGCGAUGAUAUGUCAUUAAUCAAUUUAAAGAGAAAGAAAAAAGGUAAGAAUUCUCAAAUAAAUGGUCAGGUUACAGAAAAAAAGGGGAGGAAAAAGAAACCUAAACAAAAAGAUUGGGAGAUGCUUAUUAAUGUGUUGCCUCAGGAGACUGCAGUAGCAGUGAUGGAUAAGAAUAACGAGUCAAUGAAAUUAAAUGUCAAGAAGGAAAAUGAGGAUGAGGACAUCCAAGUUUCACUAUUAGUGGAACGGGCAUCUGCCGAAUUGAAAGUUUACAAUUGCUGCAUAUGCUUCUUGCAGUUUUACAGCCGAAGCGAAAUGUUGCAACAUUAUAGGCAGCACGUGACGGAGGCGGAGAGUUGGGCGGACGCUCCACCGGCGCCGCCGCCGCCCGACCAGGACCCGCUGCGGUGCGUGCGCUGCAGGAAGGUGCUGGAGCGCGGCGAGUGGGCGGCGCACUGGCGGCGGCACUGGGAGCGCGACCGGCGCCCGUACCGCUGCGCCGUCUGCGAGAAGACCUUCCGCGACCCCCACCAGAUACUCAAGCACGGUCUCACUCACAAGAUGGGCGAAGAUGGUGCGGACAUUAUACAGCCUCUCACUAAGAGAUUCAUCUGUGACCUGUGUCCGGAAGGUUUUGUAUAUAUGAAACAGCUGCUGUCGCACCGCCUGCGCGCGCACCCGGAGGCGGCGGGGCGGGCGCUGUCGCUGCGGUGCCGGGAGUGCGCGCGUCAGUUCGCGCACCUCAACUCGCUGCGGCGCCACCAGCGCGCGCACUCCGGCGAGCGGAACUUCCUCUGCAACGUCUGCGGCAAGGCGCUCACCUCGCGCGAGCAUCUCAAGUUCCACAUCCGCAUACACACCGGCUACAAGCCCAACGUCUGCAAGACGUGCGGCAAGGGAUUCGUGAAGAAGUGCAACCUGACGCUGCACGAGCGCGUCCACUCGGGGGAGAAGCCGCACGUGUGCUCGCACUGCGGCAAGGCCUUCAGCCAGCGCUCCACGCUCGUCAUACACGAACGGUACCACAGCGGCGCGCGUCCGUACGUGUGCGGUCUGUGCGGACGCGGGUUCGUGGCCAAAGGACUGCUCUCCAUGCACCUCAAGACCACCUGCAUCUAGCACGCGGCCCGACGCGCACAGAUAGCCCGCAACGACGGCUACCGUUUGUUACGCCCACACACACAGACUGAACUAGUUACGUGAUAUAUACACUCGUGUGUCCUCACAAAUUGACAAAUGUGAUAUAAUGAUAGAUACUAAUAAUGCGGACGGAGCCAGAACAUCUACCUAGUGUAGUGUACACCGUGGUUACUGAACCGUUUCACUAAUAAUGACAUCUGUACAACUAUAAUGGUACUAAGAGGCAUCUUACACUAUCAUAUGCAAUGUCCGAUUGAUAUUGUAAAAAAUUUGUUUUACUUAUGUCAAUACUACUAGUUUAAAUAUUUUUAUGACUUCUGAAUGUAAUUGAAACAAUUGUCAACGUAUAAUGAUGGAAACAUAGUAAGUUUAUUAAUUUUCCGUAUGUCAUAUAUGUAGUUUUAAAAUGGAUAUCUGAUAAAAGAUACGAAAUUAUGCUCCGUAAUUAAAAAAUAAAACUAUCAGACUAAGGUUCUUGAAUAAAAUAAUAUUGCGACUAUAAAUUGAGAUGUAAGCUAUCCUAUCUUUCAAGUUGGAUCAAAUUGCACACAAUGUGCUAAUCAAAUUUGCAGUCGGUUCAGUAAUUUAGGAGUACAUCGCGGACAGAAAACAUGACACGUAAUUUUUAUAUAUAAAGAUAAACAAAAUUACACUGCUUUUAUUGCUUUAACUGAGCAGUUUCAUUGUUGUAUUUUUAAAAUUAUAGGUAGGUUUUAAUGAGAUCAAUUUUUUAAAUGCAGAUGUAUUAAGAUGAUAGUGUAAUGUGUCCUUAAGUUGUCGCCGUCUUGGGUACAAGUUUUGACUAUUGUAUUGUGCCUUAUAUUCAUAAAAUCAGUAAAUUUAAGGUCACUAAAAUGUCCAGACUUGUGGCGGCGUGGUGGGCCGGGUCAUUGGGUUCCCUAAAAUAUGGUCGAGCGCAGUGAUGGCUGGGUCAUCCGUC